AUGGGUCGUAAGUACUUCAUCGAACCGAAGUUCAUCAGUGCCUCGCCACCUUCACAAGAUGUAAGUCCUCUGGGAAAGAUAGCAAAAGUUAUUUCGUAAAUCUUCGACUUUGCAUCUCCAAGUCGUCCUCGGGCGUGAAGCAAGUGGGAAAACUGUUCUAUCACUCCUGCAAGUCAGCCUUUUCUGCGAGUUGCAUCGCGGUUUGAUUGGAUAACGCCUUUUCCACUUUUCCUUGAGAUUGUUGUACACAGCAUCUAAUUCGAUGUGUUGAUUGAUGCAUGAUUUAUCAGAGUGAAUGACCUCUGAAUAUUCUCGACCAUUCUUUGAUGGGCAGACACCUAUAAUGCACGUCUCCUUACAGGCAGAUUUCCUUCCAGUUUCCAGUGUAUGCAUGGCAACCUGGAACAAGUGUCUCGCCUUUUUACCGCCAGUUGAUGUUCGUAUAUGCGUGUAGGAGGCGAUUUCCAGGUUUGAAUGAAGUUGACCGCAUUACAGGUGUCGGGUGAUAUCUUGUAGACGACUUCCUUAUCUAGAUAACCAACCCUAUCAUUAGGUUGUACAAGCUGGUUACGAAGUAUAGCUGUCGGUUUGUACGACACGUGUAUUUGGUGAGUCCUCAGGUGUUUUUCAGCUAUUUUGGACACUUUCUUAAUGUACGGGAGUGUUCGCCAGUUUUUUGGUCCGGGCGCCUGAUCGAAACAAUCUAGUUCCUUAUCUUUUCCUUUUAACUGCUGUCAUCUCAUGCAUCGGUGUACAAAAUAUCUAGGAUACCUACUCUGGGCGAACAGUUUGAACAAAUAAUUCAAUUUUAUUUGGUAGGUUUCGUUGUCAGAGCAGUGAGUUUUUGUUCGGUUAAGGGGGCUGUUCACGGCACUCCGUUUGUGAGAGAUCAGAUGAUUGCCCUCGUAGGUCUCCUUGCAGUAAAUUGAUGUUUGAAAUGUCCCGUCAGUCUUUCUCCGUACGAGGACGUCAAGAAAUGGGAGUUUGCCGUCAACCUCUUUCUCGAGUGUGAAUGUGACUACUGGAAGUCUUGAGUUAGUGGUGCUGUGGAGCAUUUCCAGUUGAUCUCUUUUAAAAAUGACAAAGAAACCAUCAACAUAUCAUAUAUUAGAGGGAUGUAUGGAAAGCCAGCAUAUCUAUGGUGGCCAGCAAACCUCCUGAAGCUGAGGUAAUAACGAAAUAAGUAAAGGGUAACUUGAAUAGACCGUCCUGACUCUCUCACCUCUAUAUAUAUUUAUUGAUGUUUGUUUCGUCUGACGACGGGUUGGUGUCACCAGCUCGAAAAUUCACGAGUAUAACUCAUUUUUUUCCGACGAGCCUUCUCUCUUCAUAUAUAUGUAUAUAUCCUUAAUCUUCGCUGCUGCUUAGUUCCGGACCCAGACUGAAUCCGAAGUGCGCGCCCUGCUGACCGAGAUGAGUCACCGGCGCGAAAGCCUGAACAUCCUGCAGACCUCCAGUGUGGGUAUGCCCUCAUCACCUCGUCGACGCGACGUCUUACGCCACGAGAGUCCCCGCUACUACCGGAAGCCAGUUCGUGUGGCUCGAGCUCUGCAACAGAGACCAGCGACGCAGGAUUUCACCCGCGAACCCAGCAACUACGGUCAGCAACCGGUAGAGGCAAUUAGUAGUGAGCCUGCUGUCUCGCAGAGGAUCAGCUAG